AAGUUGGCCCAAGCUGACGUGCAAGCGGCUUUCCCCAUCGUGCUCAGGGAUAGGUGCUAGGAGCCAUGUUGGUUGCCUCCCCAGCGUUCGUUGCCCAGCCCUUUGCCGCACAGCACGGUGGCCCUGUCCGCGCCCCGCUGGGCAAGGUGCCAGAGAGCGCAGGCCCAGGACCGCGAGGCGUCGCAGGCGUCACGCUUGCAAUUGCAACUGCAGCUCUGGCGCGCAGCUCCAGGAAUCCCGCACGGAAGCCGAAGCGCGCGGUGCUUCACGCCAGCGAAGAUGGAGCUUCACGAAGAGGCCUCUUUGGAGCGGUAGCAGCUGGGCCCCUCUUGGCAUCUGCGCCCGCGCUUGCGGCUGAAAAGCUCGCAACGCAGCUGGAGGUGUCCGGCCUGGGCGGCAAGCGGGGCAAGCAGCUGAACGGUUUGUGGAGCGUCUACCCCGACAAGCGGGUGAACGACCGCGCGGUGUUCAAGAAGGACGACCAAGAGAUCUACCUCACUUACAACAACUGCCAGCAGUUUCAGAUGGCCAAGAAGCCCACCGGGGAGUGCGAGGGUUUUGCCCUUGAGACCAAGGGCGUUUGGGAGGUGGACGGCUAUGACUCCCCCAGUAUGAAGUUGAAGCCUGUGAAAGCCCAGGCACCGGGUGAGGCGGCGGCGCCGGCCAAGGCCGGCAUGUUGCAGCUUCCAAGUUUCAGCUUCGGCGGCAGCUCCACGGAAGAAGACGAGGGCUACGUGCCACCCAAGAUCGAAGCUGACGAGACUGGCUCCUUCCAAUACGCUGGUAUCUUCAAGCUGGACCCCGGUGAUGCGAAGAUCGCGGACAGCCUGGAGUCCAAGCUCCUCGCCCGGAAGUGAGCGGAAGCAGGGUCAGCGGAGCGGAGCAUCUUUGUUUUUUUUGAAGCCUCGAGCGAUUUCAUUGGCCGGGGCGCGGGAAGUUUGGGCGCCCUUCCCCCCCGGUUUGUUCAUCCCCCCUCAGGCGGGAGGCCCUGGCCUUUGGAUUUCCGGGGAGCGCCUGAGAUUUCAAGGCUCACAUUCUCCGCGGCGUAUAA